UACCUGAUGUCUCUCCGAAUGACCUCUCUCAACAUGGAAAUAAUAAUUCUUCUCUUAGAAAAAAAGGAAAUAAAAAAUUUUUAAUUAGUUUUAAUAAUAAUAGUAAUAAAACUUCCUCUUCAAAUAAUCAAAAGAAACAAAAAUCUUCUACUCCAUCUGUAUUUAUAAUAACAAUUGAAGAUCGAAGUCAAUUAUUAAGUAUACGUAGACAAAUUUCUGACUUUGUAGAGUUUGAUCAGCAGCUUCGUCAAGAAUUUCCAAAAUCUAGACCUACCCUACCUUCGUUAGAUGAUCGAAGAAAAUCAUUUUUAUUACCUCGACAUUUAUUUACUCGUAAAUCUACUGCUGAAAAACUUGAAAGUUAUUUAAGAAAAGUUUUAAGUGAUUCACAUUUAAAAUCUUCAGCUGUUUUACGUGAUUUCUUAAGUGUUAAAUCUGAAAAAGAUUCUAUUAGAUGGAAAAAAUCUUCAAAUUCAAAUAGUAUUAUAGAUAAUAGAUCUGUAACAAAUGUAGUUUUAAAACCUCAUAAACCUUCUAUAGAUGAUUACGAUUUAAUAAAAGUUCUUGGUAGAGGUUGUAUGGGAAAGGUAAUCUUAUCAAGGGAAAAAUCUACAAAUAGAUUAUAUGCUCUCAAAGUUAUUUCCAAAGAAUGGGUGGUUUUUCGGCAAGAGGUUGAACAUACGAGAACUGAACGAGAUAUUCUUGCGAUUGCUUCCAGAACUUCUCAUCCUUUCCUUAUUAGAUUACGUGAAUCUUUUCAUGAUAGUAAUCAAUUAUUUCUUGUUUUGGAUUAUUAUCCUGGUGGUGAUAUUGCUACUCAAUUAGCUAAAUGGCAUAGAUUUGAUGAUGCCAGAUGUCUUUUCUAUGCCGCUGAAAUUGUUCUUGGUAUAGAAGAGUUACAUCGUUUGGGUAUUGUGUAUCGCGAUUUGAAACCUGAAAAUAUUCUUAUCGGUCGUGACGGACAUAUUGUUCUCACUGAUUUUGGGUUAUCAAAACAAUUUAAUCAUUCAUGGCAAAAAACUAACACUUUCUGUGGUACCGCUGAAUACUUG